AUGACUUUGAUCGAGAGACAAAUAAUCGAAAAAGAGCAUGCUUUUAAUAGCGAGAACAGAGUUUGUUUCAAGUGUCAUAAAAGAGGACAUUUGUCGAAACAGUGCAGAGAAAACUUAAGCAGCAGACGAGAUAGUGAAGAUAGAGCUCGAAAAAUUCAGUGCUAUGAGUGCAAGGAGUUUGGACAUAUUGCAAAAUAUUGCCAAGCAAAGAAGAAGUUCAUUAGUAAGACUAAACGAGAACAGCAGAAAUUAGUAGCUGAAACAGAGGCUCAUUUUAGUUUUCUGAGUGGAGUGUCUCCGGGCGUGGACUUAGUUGUAGACUCUGGAGCUACCAGUAAUAUGAUUAAGGAUCGAGACAUGUUUGUUAGUUUAGAUGAGAACUUCAAAGGAUCGGUUAGCAAUGCAAAUUUCUCUGAAUCAAAAAAUUUAGGGAAAGGUGAAGUUAGAUUCAGAGUGAAAGAUGAGAAAGGCGAGUUUAAGAUGAUUGAGCAUAAGGAUACUUUGUACGUUCCUGAAAAUUCAAGAAAUUUGCUGAGUGUAUCAAAAAUGAAGAAAGCAGGAGCAGAAGUUGUUUUUGGUGCGAGCUCGUUUGUUCGCCAGGGAAAUUGA